AUGGCGGGGAUUGAUAUCACAAAGUAUGGUCAUAGUCCUGUGCACAGGGCCAUAGUUUCAAAGGAUUAUUCUGAGCUUAGGAGGAUAAUUUCUGGCUUCCCACGGCUACGUAACACGGCCGAGAUUCACACCGAAGCGGUUUCUAUUUCGGAGGAAGAGAAGGCUGAUGCCAUUUCUGCUGUGAUUGACCGGCGUGAUGUGCCAAACCGUGAUACCCCUCUUCAUUUGGCUGUGAAAUUUGGGGAUGAAGUGGCCACCGAGAUGCUUAUGGUUGCUGGGGCAGAUUGGAGUUUGCAGAAUGAGCAGGGAUGGAGUGCUCUUCAGGAAGCUAUUUGCAAUAGAGAAGAGGGUAUUGCCAAGAUAAUAAUUAAGCACUACCAGCCUCUGGCUUGGGCAAAAUGGUGCAGACGGUUGCCUCGCUUGGUAGGGACCAUGCGGAGGAUGAGAGACUUCUACAUGGAGAUUACAUUCCAUUUUGAGAGUUCUGUGAUUCCUUUCAUCUCCAGGAUUGCUCCUUCGGACACCUACAAAAUUUGGAAGAGGGGUGCUAAUCUAAGGGCAGACAUGACUUUGGCUGGUUUUGAUGGUUUUAGAAUCCAGAGAUCAGAUCAGAGCAUUCUUUUCCUGGGCGAUGGUUCGGAGGAUGGGAAAGUCCCACCUGGGUCACUUUGCAUGAUCUCACACAGGGAAAAAGAGGUACUCAAUGCACUAGAUGAUGCUGGAUUUCCAGCAAACGAAGAGGAGGUUCAGCAAGAAGUGGCUGCAAUGUCUAAAACAAAUAUUUUUAGGCCUGGGAUUGAUGUUACCCAGGCAGUUCUUUUGCCUCAGUUGACUUGGAGGCGGCAGGAGAAAACAGAAAUGGUAGGCCCUUGGAAAGCUAAGGUGUAUGAUAUGCACAAUGUAGUUGUGAGCAUAAAAUCUAGAGGAGUUCCUGGCGCUAUGACAGAUGAUGAGCUCUUCUCGUCUUGCAAUGAAAAUGAAACUGAGAGUGAAGAGUUCAAUGAUAUUUUGACUGAGGAUGAAAGAAGACAAUUGGAAGAUGCGCUUAGGUUGGAUUCAGCAGACUUGACCAACGAGAGUGAUGAGGUGAUCAUUGGGCAUCGUCACAGCUGUUAUGAACAUAGAGAUAUUCCCAUUGAAGAUGGAAAUUGUAACAAAAGUGGAGAAAAUAAGCAGGAAAAGAAAGGAUGGUUUGGUGGAUGGAGAAAAAAGGAUUCUAAACCUGAAACACCAAAGAAGAUUGCUCCACCAAGAAGUUCUCUCUGCGUAGAAGAAAAGGUGAGUGAUUUGUUAGGGGAUUCUCCUUCAAGAAAUCAGAGUAAGCCAGGAAGACAUUCUGUUGAGAUAGCUGUGAAGGGUGAUGAGUUACGGAGGAAAAAAGAUGUCAAAGCUCCUUCUUCAAAUUCUGAUAACAGAAGUCGUCACAAAGAUGGAAAUCGGGAAAAUGAAUAUAAGAAAGGAUUGCGACCUAUUCUUUGGCUUUCCCAAAACUUCCCACUUAAAACCGAAGAACUCCUGCCAUUGCUUGACAUUGUUGCAAACAAAGUUAAAGCAAUUCGACGAUUAAGAGAACUCCUUACAACGAAACUUCCAAUGGGAACCUUCCCUGUUAAGGUUGCUAUCCCUGUGGUUCCUACUAUAAGAGUAUUGGUUACCUUUACAAAGUUUGAAGAACUACAACCAGUAGAAGAAUUCGCAACGCCACCAUCGAGUCCAUCUGCAACUGGCCAAGAGAGCCCUGCAGCACCACACUUCUCGGCAUCAUCUUGGUUUCAAUGGAUAAAAGCUCCAUAUCGCUCUAGUACAUCUGCUUCAGGAUCCAGCAGUAGGAUAGAAAAUAUUCAAGACCCAUUUGCAAUUCCAUCUGACUAUACUUGGGUUAGUGCUGAAGCAAAGAAAAAGCAGAUGCAAGAGAAGAACAAGUCAAAGAAAGCAAAGAGUCAUAACUAA